UCAGGCUGUGCACCUAACUUUGGGAUUGUGGUUAGACUCCUACCUGCUGUCACUAUGAGCUGUGGCACUAAGUCUUCGACUAGUACCACUAGAAUUAGCAGUGGAGGAGGUGGUGGUAGCGGUGGUGGUGGAGGUGGUGGAGGGGGUGGUAGCUGUGGAGUACGUAAGUCUGGUGGAUACUCCUCAAUGUCCACUAGAAGAUACACCUCCUCUGGAGGAAGUGGAGGCUUUUCUGGGAGAAGCUUUGGUGGAGGAGUUUCCAGGAGCAGCUAUGGAGGGGGCUUUAGCAGUGGCAGCUGUGGAAGGAUUAGCCGCAGUAGCUAUGGUGGGAGAAUGAGUGGUGGUAGUUAUGGAGGAGGAAUGGGCUGUGGCAGUAUGGGAGGAGGAUAUGGAUCAGGUGGGGGGGGGUUUGGGGGAAUGGGAGGUGGUUAUGGAUCUGGCCUCGGUGGAGGCAGUUUUGGCGGUGGUGGAUAUAGUGGAGGUGGAUUUAGUGGCUUCGGGGGUAGUGGUGGCUUUGGUGGUGGCAGCUUUGGUGGUGGUGGUGGUGGUGGCUAUGGUGGUGGUGGUUUCGGUGGAAUGGGGUUUGGUGAAGAAGCUGGCUUGCUCUCCACAAAUGAAAAGCUGACCAUGCAGAACCUUAACGAUCGCCUGGCUUCUUACUUGGAUAAAGUGCGGCGCUUGGAGGAUGAAAAUACUCAACUUGAACAUCUGAUCAGGGAGUGGUAUAAAAAUCAAGGUCCCACUUCUGCCAGGGACUACAGCCAAUAUUACAGAACAAUUGAAGAACUGCAAAACCAGAUUGUUGGUGCAAAUGUGGACCUCAACAAGAUCCUUCUUGACAUCGACAACACCAGAAUGACUGUGGAUGACUUCAGACUGAAGUAUGAAACCGAAUAUACUCUCCACCAGAGUGUGGCUAGCGAUAUUAAUGGAUUACGUCCACUUUUGGAUCAACUGACUCUAGCCAGAUCUGACUUGGAGACACAGUUUGAAUCCCUAAAAGAGGAACUGAUCUAUCUCAGGAAGAACCAUGAAGAGGAAAUGAAAGGACUGCAAACACAAUCUGGUGGUGAUGUCAAUGUGGAGGUCAAUGCUACUCCUGGCAUUAAUUUGAUGGAAAAAUUAAAUGAAAUGCGCUGUGAAUAUGAACGGCUUAUUGAGAACAACCGGAGAGAGGUGGAAAGCUGGUAUGAAACCAAGAUGGAAGAAGUUAAUCAACAAGUCCACUCAAGUGGCCAGGAGAUACAAUCAAGCAACCAACAGAUCUCUGAGCUGAGACGUGAAUAUCAAAGCCUGGAAAUCGAACUGCAGUCGCAAAUCAGCAUGGUAGACUCUUUGCAAUCCAACUUGGAAGACACAGAACGCCGCUAUAACAUGCAGCUGCAGCAGAUCCAGAGUAUGAUCGGCCCCUUGGAGGAGGAGCUGGCCAGCAUCCGCUGCGAGAUGGAGAGUCAGAACGAAGAGUACAAGAUGCUCCUGGGCAUCAAGACCCGCCUGGAACAGGAGAUCGCUCAGUACCGGGCACUGCUUGAGGAAGGACAGCAAGACCUUGUAAUCCCAGCAGGAGGAAUGGGAGGAGGAAUGGGAGGAGGAAUGGGAGGAGGAAUGGGAGGAGGAAUGGGAGGAAGCAUGGGAGGUGGCAGAUUAGGAGGUAGUGGCUAUUCUUCUGGGGGAGGAAGAGGAGGAGGAGGUGGUAGCAUGAGUGGUGGAUAUGGAGGUGGUAGCAUUUCCUCUGGCAGUGGAAUGGGAGGAGGAAUAGGAGGAGGAAGUGGUGGAGGAGGAAUGUCAGGAGGAAGUGGAGGAAUAGGAGCAGGAAGCAGCGGUGGAUGCGGUAGUGUUGGUGGAGGAGGAGGAGGAGGAGGAAGGAUCUCAGGAGGCGUCAGCAGUUCCCACUCCUACUCUUCAUCUUCCCAGUCUCAGUCCUGCAGGGGUGGUGGUGAAAGCCAAGGCUAUGGAAGAAAAUCUUUUGACUAAGAAAAUACAUUGAGGAUCCUACAGCGCAAGACCUUUCAAACAGAAAUUCUCCGUGCUCCUGAGGAAAGAUAGAUGCUGUUCCUCAACAUUGCUGAUGCCAUCUAUCCAAAAAGGCCCGUCAGAGCUGCUCGGAUGGGCCGCCUGCCACACACGCUAUGCACUGCUUCUGUCUGGAAUACUUUGUGGCUUCACUCACUGGCACUUGAGCUACUUGCUUUACAGAUUCAACCUUUUUGUUACUUGGGUUGUUCUGUAUCAGGAAAACGUCGCUAAUAAAACUUCAUUUCUGUCUGAUGCAACCAGAA